CAAAUUAGUCCGUUCUGGUUCCAGUCGGUUAUUUCUCCUCCUCUUCAGAGUCUUCAGUUUCCCUGGGUUUAAUUUAACCCAAACAGAAUCACAAAACCCUAACUUUCACCAUUACCUCGAUGAAAUGAUGCAAAAUCUUCAUCGAACACUAUCUCGAUUCUCGAUCUUACCAACCACUACUAGAUCGUUACUCGAAACCCCAUCAAAAGAUGUACUAGUCACUUCGAAUAACAACCUUAAAUCCCUUUUCAUUCCACUUUCAUGGCGAAAAUUUUCAACAAGUGACAAAGGAAAUGAAAAUGAUCCUUGGGAAAAACCAUGGGGCAAUACCGGAUCUUCAACUGCUCCAGUUGGUAGUAACAAUGAUUGGGAUUCUGCUUCAUCAAGGUCGACUGGAAUAACUAAAGAGCAUCUUGAUGGAGAAGCUAUAGGUCAUCAAGCUACUGCUGAAACGGGUUCUGCGAAACCAAAACCUUCGGUUUCUUCUCCGUCAUUGUCGAAUGUGGCAGACGCAGAUUCAUAUGAUGAAAUUGCAGACCUUCUUGGGAAGGAGAGACGUAAAAGUGAGGAAUUUGUUAGAGGGUGGGGAGAGAGGAUGAAAGAAACGACUCAGUUGUUGAAACAAGUUAUGGAACCAGGUGUUAGGGGUUCUUAUUUGAAAGAUUCAGAGAAAGCUGAAAUGUAUAAAUUGCAUAAGAUGAAUCCUGAAGUUUAUACUGUUGAGAAAUUAGCGAAAGAUUAUCGAGUAAUGCGACAAAGGGUUCAUGCUAUAUUGUGGUUAAAGGAAGAUGAGGAGGAACAAGAGAAGAAGCUUGGGAAGCCCUUGGAUGAUUCUGUUGAGAAGUUGCUUGAUUCUUUUCCUGAGUUUUUCAAUUCCCACUGUCGAGAAUUCCAUGUGGCCAAGCUACCGUACAAACCCAAUUUCAAGGUCAUGCCUGAGGGUUGGGAGGGAACAGCUAGAGAUCCUGACGAAGUGCACUAUGAAAUAUCGAUGAAGGAAGAUGAAAUGCUGUAUGAAGAAUUUGUUCAAAGGAUGAACUUUAACAAGAAAAAGAUUGCUGGAGAAGUGAAAUGCCACAAAUAUAGUAGGAGGCGCUCUGAUGACGGAUGGAGAUUCACUAUUGAAAAACUUGGACCACAGGGAAAACGUGGAGGUGGUGGUGGAUGGAAAUUUGUUAGUGAGCCUAAUGGGUCUAGCCGAGCCCUAAAUGAAAUUGAAAAGAUGUACGUGCAGAGAGAAACAGUCAAACGUCGUCGUAAAAGGCACUAUUGACAACCUUAAGAAGUUGUACGGAAACAUGAGUCUUCCCAUCCCAAUUUUACAUUUUUUUUGUUAACUAACUCAUCCAUGUUUCCUGAUAAUGUUUUUAUUCCUUUUCUUUUUAAUAUUCUUCUGGUAGAAAAGUUAAGAAGUCAUUCUAUCGAGUAACAUGAAUUUUGGAAAAAAAGUUAGAUAGGCAUCCUGUUAAAACAGGAAUAGUUUGGUGUAAUAAUAACUUAAAUGUGUUAAGAGUUGCCUUCUGUUCUCGCGAAAAAAUGUGUAUGUUUUACCAAUA